ACAAUUUUCCGGCACUCCGCCAUUCAACCUAACCUCAAAUUUUCUCAGCGCAAAAAAAAUCUACCGGAAAGAUUGGGAUCAGGAAAAAAUUCUCCAAGAAACUCUUUGAAACCUCCGCCAGGUCCGCCAGGAAUGCCCAAAUAUGGCAAAAAUGGACUACCAAGAAAUUUAUGAGGAGAUUAUUCGCAUCCUGCGGGAGGGUGGGACUCUCGAGAAGAUCAGCCUUGACCUUCACAAUAUGCGAAAGAAUAAGCAGCCAAAUAGCGACAAGGUGGAUUAUGUAUUUGAAUUGCUGCAGCAGAAUAAUCUCCUUCCGGAUGCUGCGGAGUAUGAGGAGGUGAAGAGUGAUGCUAAAUCUGAAGAAUUCCGUCAAGUUGGGAAUUCGUGCUUCUCCCUGAAGUCCCAGAAAUACAUUGAGGCCCUCAAAGCGUACAACAAGAGUAUUUGUUUUGCUGUCUCGAAGGAGAAUCUCAGCAUUGGUCUGGCCAAUCGAUCGGCUGUCUUCUUCGAGAUGGGAAUGUUUGCGGAGAGCCUCGAGAGUAUCCGUUUGGCACGUGAAAUAGGCUACCCGGAGCGAUUGAAGGAGAAAUUGGAGCGAAGGGAAGCAAAAUGUCACGAAGAAUUGGCCAAGAAGCCCGCAAAAGAGGAAAAAUUUGUACCAAAGAUUGACUUACCCGUGAAUGAGAAGAUACCUUUCCUGGCCAGAUGUUUAGCACUGCGGGAAGAUGGUGCCUUUGGGAGGCAUGUGAUAACACAGGAGAAUAUCCCAGCUGGAACAAUUAUUGCCAUUGAGGAGGCUUUCUGCAAAAUUCUCACUGAUUCCGGGAAAUAUCUACGGUGCUCUGCAUGCCUGGCUGAGGUCCCUCAUCUCCUUCUACCAUGUGAUGGAUGCACACAGACAAUGUUCUGCUCUAAGGCAUGCCAGGAGAUGGCUUCUGCUGAUUAUCAUCCCUUUGAGUGCCCAAUUAGUGGAUCAUUGUUUAAGAUUCUCGAUGAUAGUCUCUUAAUUGUCUUCCGGACGAGUAUUUGUGCCUUCCUUGCGUUUCCGGAUGUUGAAACAAUGGGUCCAGCAUUGGAGAAAAUUGAUCGAGAACAGAAGACCGUCUUCAGCUACGACUGGACGAAGAAACUCUCCCCGGAAGAGCUGUACACACCCAUCCACACCCUGGCUACGAAUGAGAAUCAACGGGAUGGAGAUUAUCUAUUCAAGAAGUAUCUCAUUGCUUGUCUCAUGUUCAACCUGCUGAAGCGCAGCUCCCCCGUGUUCAGCCAACGCUACCUCACCACCCCAAUGGGAGAGAAUAUCCUGAAGAAUGUCCUGUUCCGGCACCUCCUCACCGGUCCCACCAAUAUGCACAGCAUUGGUGCCAUUGAGGAUACAUCAGAUCCGGAAAAUUCAAUAGAAUACGGCGUCGCUGCUUAUGGCUUCCACAGCCUCAUGAAUCACUCAUGCGCCCCAAAUGUCACCCGAAUCUCCCUCGGAAGUGCCUCCGGAGUGGUCACAAUCAAGAACAUCUCACGCGGCGAGCAAAUUCUCGACAACUACGGCUACCAUCACAGCCUAAUGGAUCGCACAGCACGCCAAAGGGAAACCCUCCGGAAGUACGCCUUUGUGUGCCAAUGCACCGCCUGCAUUGAGAACUUCCCCCUCUACAGUGCCCUCCCACUCCCCAUAAACAUCCCCCAACCCCUUCCGCUACACAAUCAAACCCUCGCGUGCCAGUACUCCCGGGAAUUCGGUGAGAAGGGCUACAAAAAGAUCACAGGCUUCAUCCGGAAGUUUGGCUACCUCUAUCCCAUCCUUCAGCUGUGUACCGCCGAAGAAGGUCUCAAAUUCUGCCUCAACAUCCUCUGCGAGAAUAUCCCGCUACAGCUACGUGAGAAAAUACGUCUUGUCUCCAAGUAAAAAACAUUUAAUUUUUAUUUAAAAAAAAAUAUCAUCUAUUUAUUAAAUUUUAAAAAAAAUUGCAUUAAUCACAAUGUUUUCGAUGGAAAAAAAAUAUUUUAAGAAAAAAUAUAAUAAAGUCCAGAGAAAAUAAAA